AUGGAAGCAGGAGGGACGGGGGAGCAGGGUCAGCCAGAGACGGGGCGAGUCCGCAGCGGCCUCCAGCCGGAGAGCGGCCCAGCCACUGGGGCUGGGACCUCCAUGGCGGACAUGAGCACUCAGCCCUACGGGAGCCUCUCCGGUGCAGGAGUGGGGAGACCCGGGCUUUCUCCGCAAGGAGAUCAGAGAGGCCACCCGCACUCGCGACGGCGCCACCGCACCACCUUCAGUCCAGCGCAGCUGGAGCAGCUGGAGUUGGCCUUCGGGAGGAACCAGUACCCUGACAUCUGGGUCCGAGAGGGCCUGGCCCGGGACACAGGCCUCAGCGAGGCCCGCAUCCAGGUCUGGUUCCAGAACCGCAGAGCUAAGAAGAGGAAGCAAGAGCGAUCACUGCUCCAGCCGCUGGCUCAUCUGCCUCCCGUCACCCCCUCCGGUUUCUUGCCUGAGGCCUCUGCCUGCCUCUACUCCUACCACCCAGCACCAUCUCCACCAGAGACCCUCUUCCCUCACCCCUACCACCAAGCCCUUCCCUUGCAGCCCUCCGCAGGUGGUUCCUUUGCUCGACCCCACCGGUGUGAAGACUGGUACCCCACCUUGCACCCAAACCCCACUGGUCACCUGCCCUGCCCCCCGCCCCCACCUGUGCUUCCCCUCAGCCUUGAGCCACCCAAGUCCUGGAACUGA